AUGAAACUCUCUGCUAUUGUCUUUGCUCUUGCUGCCGCUGCCAUCUCUACCGUCUCCGGUUACAAUAUGCGCCAAAUCGAUGCCUUGAACACCAAAAAGUAUCGCGUUUAUCUUGAAAAGGACGAUGGCACCCCGAUCUCCCCUUUCCAUGAUGUUCCACUUCGUCCUGACCCCAGCAACAAUACUGUCUACAACAUGGUCGUUGAGAUUCCCAGGGGCAAGAACGCCAAGGUCGAGAUUGACAAGGAAACACCGUUGAACCCACUUUAUCAUGACACCAACAAGCACGACGAGUUGAAGUACAUUGCCAAUAUUUAUCCACACCAUGGUUAUCCCGGUAACUACGGCUCAAUCCCUCAGACUUGGGAAAACCCACACGUUCCUUACAAAAAAGCUGGAACCAAAGGUGGCGAUAAUGAUCCGGUCGAUGUCAUUGACAUUGGUAUGGACUCGGGUUAUCCUGGUCAGGUCAAGCAAGUUAAGCUUUUGGGUGGACUCUUGAUGAUCGACGAUGACUUUACUGACUGGAAACUGAUCGCGAUCGACAUUAACGAUGAGCGGGCCUCUCGUUACAACGAUAUUUCUGAUGUCGAAGAGAAUAUCUGCAAGGAUAUUCAACAUUGGUACAAGGUUUACAAAGUCCCGCAAGGUGAUGAUGAGAACAAAUUUGGCUACAAUGGCGACUUCCAAGAUAGUAAAGCAAUCGAGCACUUGAUCCAAGAAACUCACGGGUAUUGGGAAUUGUUGAUCAACUGUACUGCAAAGGCUGACGAUAUCAAAAUUGAGAAUCUCACUGUUGAAGGUUCAAAGAACCGAAUUAGCGCCAAUAGCAAGGUCGUCAAGGAUUGCAUCAAGUACUCUUAA